AUGGACUCGGAUUGGGCCUUGGCGUCGGACGGCGCCAACGACCCGCUGCGCAACGCCUACUUGCUCCAGCACCAGCUGAGCCACAGCGGCGAGCGCAACUUUGUUUGCCCGCACGACGCCUGCGGAAACACCUACCAACGGAAAGACCACUUGGUCCGGCACGUCAAGGCUGUGCAUGAAGACACCAAGCGGGCCCAUGUCUGCGACCGAUGCGGCGCCGCGUUCGUCUACAAGCACGGACUGAGCCGACAUGUGGCGGCGGCGCACGACAACCCGGCGCGGCCGUACGUCUGCGCGGUGUGCCAAGCCUCGUUCAAGAAGAAGUCGGGAUUGCAGGCGCACGCGUUUGUGCACACGGGCGUCGUGCCAUUCCCGUGUCCCGAGCCCGGGUGCGCGGCGGCGUUCACCAAAAAGUGUCUACUGACCAAGCACACGCUCUCGAGCCACAGCGGCGCUUCGCUCACGAUCGGUCUCCCCGACGCCAGCGUUGCGUUUACGUGCAGUGUGUGCCGUGCGACGCUGAGCUCGCGCAAGACGCUGCGCGAACACGAACGGUUGCACGAGAGCGCGCCGACGCGGUACCCGUGUCCCGACUGCGGCAAGACAUACCUCUCCAAGACGAACCUCAACUCGCACAGGCGCACCGUGCACGCGCGGGCGCGGCGGUUCCCCUGCGAUUUCUGCCUCGACGUCUUCUCGUACAAGCACGUGCUCCAAAACCACAUUGCGCGGUGCCACACCAACACCGAGCCGCGGCCGCAACGUCGACAAGGGCUCUCGCAAGACAAGAUCCGAGCGCGGCUCUUGGGUAGCCGAACGACGGCGAUGCCUCAAGCAGACGACGACGGGCUGUGGAUGCAGGCACUCGUGGAUGGCAUCGAGGCGAACGAUCCCUCUAUGGAAGCGGCGCCCGAGACCGCGCUGAAUCUAAAGGCCGAGAUCGCUUCCGAGGUUCUGGAUGCCGCCACGAGUGUCGAUGAGAAAAUAGAGUUGUAG